CCAGAAUCUACGCAUUCUACGUUUGUCGACUGUUUACUAGCCAUCGGAUUACGAUUUGGAAACAUUGCCUAAAACGCCAAUACGGUAGUAUUUUAUUCACAAAAUGACAAAGCUGAAGCUGCUAAAUGUCUUUUUAAGUGAGAGAUUAGCUGCAGCUGCUAAAGAAAUAUUUGUAGAGGUGGAAAAUAUUGUUUUCGAGUACCAGGAAGAAAUCACUCGUUCAAAGGCAGAGAAUGACCGUCUUCGCGGGCUACUGGACGUCGCUUUCCAGUUUACGCCAGGUUAGGCUGCACACCGAUAGCCUAGAAAUGUGACAAUGUUUAAUCUUUAUUUUACUUUAAAUGUAAUCGUUUAAAUGUCAAUGUAAUUUAAAUCAAUUUUAACAUCCCCUCCAUGGUGGUACCGUACGUGCUUAGAGUCGAAUGUCAGAACAGUGCACUGUUAGGCACCAUAUCAUGUCUGACUACAUAUCUUCCUUAUCUUCUCUUCCCUAGCACAACAGCCCAUUCAGCUUAUAGCCUCUGAUGAGGAGGUUUCCCCUAAGCAUCAGCAGCACUGUGAACAAGAGUGGAGCCCCAGUCUGGCCCAGGAGGACCCAGAGCCCACACAGUUUAAAGAGGAACAGGAGCUCAGGACCAGUCAGUUGGAAGAGCAGCUUCAAGGGCUGGAAUCAGAUACAGAAUCCAUAUUCACUCCUUCCUGUGUGAAAAACGACCAUAAUCAGGAUUCGUCUCAGCCCUUAAAUGUUUACCAAAUUCAAACUGUGGAGAUCGGAGAGGGAAACUCUCUGUCUCUCCCCGCCAACAAAACUGAAGCAAUCAAACCAGAACCUGAAGGAGAGGGCUUUGAAAUAUCCGAACCAAGCAAUCCACAAUCCUUCUAUGCCAUGAAUCUAGACAAUGCUGAAGCUCAGUGUGAAAAUGGUAUAUAUUUCAAUGAGAUAGACAGUGAUGGACUUCCCUCUGAGUUUGAGGUACCACAGCCAAAUCGACCAAGGAGUGCCAGGAGAGGGCAAAUAAUAUGCACAGCGAAGAACGUGAAAAGGAACCCUGAUGAGAAGCCGUACCAGUGCAACGUCUGUGGGAAAAGUUUUCAUCACAUGUCCAAACUUAGAACACAUCUAAGGGUACACACAGGGGAGAGGCCAUUCAGCUGUCCAGAGUGUGGGAAAUGUUUCAGCCAGUCUGGCGAAGUCAACAGACACCUUAAAACACACAAUCGGCACAGGGCCUAUUUAUCCGGCCUAUGA